AUGGUCGCUAAAACUGAUGAGCAGAUGACGAGUCUUAUUGAUGAAGACAUUGGUUCCCCAUUGAUCCGGGGAUCCGGUGAUCGGAUUCAUACCACUGCAGACCAAUCGAGGCAUUUGUCUGAAGCGACCAUUUAUUUGAUGAUCACUUUCAUCCGCGUCUUAGCCAUGAAUUGUAGCCAAAGAUACGAAGAUGCGAUUAAUUUGCCGCCAUUUUGGACAUCCGGUCCGUUUUGGUUUGAGUGCAAUGUUUGGGACAAUAAUGUGAAUGAUUUGGCGAUUGAUAUGCCUUAUCUAAGGAGAGGUAUGAAGGACUUGGACAUCGCUUUGGAUUAG